CGCGCGGGGCAGAUCCGUCUUCACGUCCAUGCCCACCACCAUGGAGAUGGCUUCACGUAGCUCGACUUCGCGGCCUGCGUCCUCCCAAGGGAUGCGCAAAACCGGCGACGUCAAUGUGGUGGGAGAAGUGAAUCCGGAGAGUGAUGUCGAGCAACGAGUCGCACCGGAUUUAAUUGACGACCAAUACCGCACCACCAGAUGGGAGAUCUGGGCUUAUUAUGCCUAUUAUAUAGGGAACAAUGGCCUCUCACUAUUCAUUGCUAUCGACUUCGCCCCCACGGCCUGUCAGAAUCUUCUCUCCCAAGCCGCAGGCGACCAAGGCACCCUUUACUUUGCAGGAAAACAGCGAUCCAUUGACAGCAUCGUCCUCCUCAGCAAUGGCAUCUCCUUCGCCAUCCAGGUCGUCCUCUUCCUCAUCAUCGGCAGCUUCGCGGACUUUGGCAACUGGAGACCCAAUAUCCUCAUUGUGCUUUCAAUUGUCGCCUACGCGAUUGGAUUUGCCUGGCUGGGCGUACACGAGGCAGAGAAAUGGCACGUCGGGGUCGGAUUAUACAUCGUGGGGCUGAUCGCGUAUCAGACCACGCUGACGUUCUGGACGGCAGCAUUUCCCGGCCUCGCCCGGAACACAAAGGAGAUGAAGGAAGUGGCCGAGCAAUACGUCGCUGGCAGUAUCUCCCGCGAGGAAUAUGAUCAUGCUGAUACAAUGAAGCGCAGUCAGCUCUCGAACAUUGCUUUCUACGUUCAGUCGGUCGGGGAACUUUUCGUGCUGGCUGUCAUUGUGGGGAUCAUGUUUGCAUUGCAUGUUGAUGCUAGUGAGGCGAACAAUAACUGGGGUCUGAGUGUCCUGAUUGCAUUUGCCAGUGGGGUUUGGCUUCUCGUGUCGUUACCAUGGUUCGUUUUGGAGAAGCGUCGGCCGGGACAAGAUCCGCAGGGGAAUAAUAUCAUUGUUGCUGGGUUGAAGCAGCUCGUUCAUGCGGGAAAGCAGGUAUGGAAGCUCAAGCAGAGCGUCAUAUAUCUGAUCGGAUACUUUCUCCUCGGCGACUCCCUCAACACGACCGUGACUGUUAUUUCCACUUUGCAAAACAGCAUUGUAUCCUAUAACACGCUCCAGCUGACCUACUUACUCCUAGUCGGCAUCGCAGCGCAGGCCAUCGGCAUCUACGCCUUCUGGUACGCCCAACAGCGCUACAACCUAAGCACCAAAACCAUGUUCAACCUAAUAGCCAUCGCCAUCAUCCUCCUCGACGGCUGGGGCAUGAUCGGUAUCUGGACACAGAAUUUCGGCUUCCAUCAUCUCUGGGAAGUCUGGAUCUACCAACUCUUCUACGGCCUCCUCGUCUGCCCAUGGUACAGCUACUCCCAAAUCAUGAUCUCAGAAGUAACCCCCCGAGGCCACGAAUUCCUCUUCUUCAGCCUCUUCAGCAUCAUCGGCAAGACCUCCUCGUUCAUCGGGCCCCUCGUCUCCAGCGCUAUUAUCGAUGCCUCGCCGUCCAAGAAUAGUUCUAUGCCGUUUUAUUUUCUCUUCGCGUUGAGUGUAGCCAGUUUUGGGUUUUUGGUGCUUUGUUUGGAUUUGAAGGAGAGUAGGAGGGAGCAGAUGGUUUUUUUGGAAGGGGGGAGUGAGGUGGAGGGGAGUGAGUAG